CAAUUACACGGCGUGCGAGCACGGGUAUCAACUACACCCGCCGCGGCCGCCCGCCGCUCAGUCGUCGCGCCACAUUCGCUCCGAAUACACAUCCAUUAACCACUCAGCUGUGAAAAAGAAAAUAAAGAAGCGAAUAAUGGCCGCAUCGCGUGCAACGGUUGUUGCGCUCGUGUGCGCACUCGCGCUCGCUACUGCCGAAAUACACAACCCGCUCUCUGAUGCCUUCAUCAAUCUAAUCAACUCAAAACAAAAUUCUUGGAGAGCAGGUAGAAACUUCCCGCUGCUUACCCCGUUCACGCAUCUAAAGAAACUAGUUGGUGUCUUACGAGAUGAACACUUAGCAAAAUUACCAAAAGUGACACACGACGCCGAUCUCAUCGCAAGUCUUCCAGAAAACUUCGAUCCCAGAGACAAGUGGCCCAACUGCCCUACUUUGAACGAGAUCAGAGACCAAGGUUCGUGCGGCAGCUGCUGGGCGUUCGGCGCUGUGGAGGCUAUGACUGACCGAUACUGCACAUACUCAAAUGGAACACAACAUUUUCAUUUCUCCGCUGAAGAUCUUCUAAGUUGUUGCCCGAUUUGUGGACUGGGUUGUAAUGGCGGUAUACCGACGCUGGCUUGGGAGUACUGGAAGCACUUUGGACUCGUGUCAGGUGGCAGCUAUAACUCGAGCCAAGGCUGCAGACCGUACGAGAUCGCUCCAUGUGAGCAUCAUGUUCCCGGCGACAGAAUGCCUUGCAACGGAGACUCAAAAACCCCUAAAUGUCAGAAGACUUGCGAGGCGGGCUACAACGUAGACUAUCAUAAGGAUAAGCGGUAUGCAAAACACGUGUUCUCUGUAUCCAGUAACGAAGAUCAUAUAAGAGCUGAAUUGUUUAAAAAUGGCCCAGUUGAAGGUGCGUUCACAGUAUAUUCCGACUUACUUAACUACAAGAAUGGUGUUUACAAGCACACCGUUGGUGAUGCCCUCGGCGGUCACGCUAUCAAAAUUUUGGGCUGGGGAGUUGAAAAUGGCAACAAGUACUGGCUGAUUGCUAACUCAUGGAACAGCGACUGGGGUGACAACGGAUUCUUUAAAAUUCUUAGAGGCGAAGACCAUUGUGGAAUCGAAAGUUCUAUUGUUGCCGGUGAACCACUUAUUGUGUAAAUUAAAACUUUAUCUUUAAACAUGCUUGUACAUAUUCGCCGAAAUAGGUAUUGUACUAAUUAGUUAUUUUUUAAUGAGGACAACGAAACUUAACCAAAUAUUUUGUACCAAAAUAAAUAUGUAUAUUUACCUAUUCACGUAUUUUUUCUACUGUUAAAACCGAUGAUGUUUUCCUUAUUAUUAUCCCCUUAACUAAGUUUAUUAUAAUUAUGAUUAGAAGUCAAUAACUGCUAUUACAAAGGAAUGUUAUUGAAACCUCUUAUCUCCUAUCGUAAGUUCAUAGUACAGUUCAAUAAACAUGUUUUUACAUCUC